CAAUAAAAAAUAUUAACAACACAAUGAAUACAGGCAAGUGGCUCGUCCUCUCCUUGUUGUUUGUAGUUUUGUUGGCAUGCGCUUCCUUCGCCUCUGCUCAACAAGCUGAAACACAAGCUGUCAUCAAAACAACAGCAGCUCCAGCUGUCAAACCAACAACAACAGCUGUCAAACCAAAAGUUGUUGCUAAAAAGAAGAAAACUGCCAAGAAAUCAAAGAAGGCUCAAAAGAAGAAGGUAAAGAAAGCCAAGAAGGCCGCUAAGAAGGCAAAGAAGGCUAAAAAAUCAAAGAAAUCAUCAAAGAAGACUUGUGCUAGAGUUGUCAAGAGAUUUAGAAAGGCUUCCGGAAAAUUGAGAAAAGCUUUGAAGAAAUCCAAAAAGUCUGUAAAGAGACUCAGAUCCCGUGUUCAAAAGUUGAGACUCAGAUUGAAGAAGUGUGGAAAGUCUGUCAAGAAAGCUAAGAAGGCUGUCAAGAAGGCCAAAAAAGCUGCCAGAAAGACUAAGAGAUCCAAGAAAUCCAAGAAGGCAAAGAAAUCAAAGGCCAGAAAAUUGAGAAAAUUGAGAAGAUGUGCCAAGAAGGCUAAAUCCUUGAAGAAGAGAAAGGCCUGUAGAAAGGCAUUGAAGAGAGUUAGAAAGCUCAGAAAGUUGAGAAGAUGUGCCAAGAAGGCUAAAUCUUUAAAGAAGAGAAAGGCUUGUAGAAAGCUCUUGAGAAGAAUCAGAAAGCUCAGAAGAUUGAGAAGAUGUGCCAAGAAGGCCAAGACUUUGAAGAAGAGAAAUGCCUGUAAAGCUGCUUUGGCUAAACUCACCAAGAAGGUUAAGAAGGCCAAGAAGGCUGUCAAGAAGGCCUCUAAGAAAUCAAAGAAGUCAAAGAAGACUGCCAAGAAAUCAAAGAAGGUUGCCAAGAAAGUUGUUGCCAAGAAGCUCACUGUUGAACAAAAGAAGGUUGCUGUUGCCGAAGCUAUCAAGAAGGCUAUCAGAGCUGCUGCUAACAAGGUCAAACAAGCCAAGAAGAUUGCUGCCAAGAAGGUCACUAAAAAGACUGCCAAGAAGCAAACCAAGAAGACUGCUAAGAAGUCCAAGAAGGCUGCCAGAAAGACCAAGAAAUCAAAGAAGACCUCUAAGAAGCAAUGGAGAAAGUUGGUUAAGAGAUUGACCAAGCUCUACAAGUGCUAAAUUAUUGGCCAAUGUGUUAAAUUAUUAAUUUUUCCCUAACUGAACUAAAUGUAAUACAAUGCUAUUGAAAACAGACCUUGUUAGGAA